AUGUCCUGCUCCAGCGAGUCCUGCGGCGUGACCUGCCCCCAGCCCAUUGCCGAGAGCACCAACGAGCCGUGUGUGCAGCAGUGCCCCGACUCCAGAGCCCUGAUCCUGCCCCCACCGGUGGUGGUGACCAUCCCGGGCCCCGUGCUCAGCACCUUCCCUCAGGAGAGCAUUGUGGGAUCGUCGGGCCCAGCCUGGCCGGAGCGUUCCUUCAGUUCCCGCAGCUCCCAGGGCUAUGGGGGCUCCUUUGGGCUGGGAGGAUCUGGGGGUUACGGGGGCUCCCUGGCCUUGGGGGGCUCCUCUGGCUAUGGGGGCUCCUUUGGGUCUGGAGGUUAUGGGGGCUCCCUGGCCUUGGGGGGCUCCUCUGGCUAUGGGGGUUCCUUUGGGUCUGGAGGUUAUGGGGGUUCCUUGGGCUAUAGGGGCUCCUCUGGCUAUGGGGGCUCCCUUGGAUAUGGGGGUUCCCGGCAUUAUGGGGGUUUCUCAGGCCAUGGGGGCUCCCUUGGAUAUGGGGGCUCCCUGGGCUAUGGGGGCUCCUUUGGCCUGGGAAGCUGUGGGGGUUAUGGGGGCUCCCAGGGCUAUGGGGGCUCCCUGGGGGGCUAUGGGGGCUCCUUUGGGGGCUAUGGAGGAUCCCUCGGGGGUCAUGGAGGCUCCUUUGGGGGCCAUGGGGGCUCCCUCGGGGGCUAUGGGGGCUCCUUUGGCAAUUGCGGGAGGUCCUACAGCUCCGGCUUCUCCUCGCGGGGCCUGGGCUAUUCGCUGCCUGGCUCCCAGAGAUGGGGCAGGUCCCGCCGGGGAAGCUGUGGGGUUUUCUAA